AUGUACGCGCAACCUGUGCCCGUAAGAGGGGCUGAUAACCAGGAGCAGCCGGAGGAAGUGUCCUCUGAGGAAGAGGACGCCGACACAGACCCGACCUACCUAGUUCCGCAAGGGCAUGGGCGCUUUGCUCUUCGCUGGUCUCGGCUUGCCACCGCGGCUGAUUACCUAGUUCCGCAAGGGCAUGGGCGCUUUGCUCUUCGCUGGUCUCGGCUUGCCACCGCGGCUGAUAACUUUGCCAAGGGCAAUGCCCAAACAGAGAGCACGACUGUCUCCAGCUGGCUGACCUCUGGGUUAGAGAUCGCAAUGAGCAGAAUGGGGUGGUUCCUUCUUUCGUCUGGACAGGAACUCACGCGACUGAGCGCGACUGAGCUCCUUCGUUACUUUCACU